AUGCCGACCGAAUAUGAAAAUGCAGUCCAAGGUCGGGAACUGUUCAACUACUUUGGCAAUCGAGUCGUCGAGUCUCGGACUACCGGCGGUCAGUUGGUGGCUGUUAAGGUGAAGCCGCAGGGAGGCUUUGUCCGUUCGGAAGCAGAUAUGAUGAACUUCGCGUCACAGCAGUCGGGGAUUCUCGCGCCCCACGUCCUUGGAUGCUACGAUGUCGAGCCCGAGAUCAUCGCGACAGUCACCGAUGUUGUCCCAGGCCAAUCCCUCGACAAAAUCUGGCAUACUCUCAACAAACGCCAACGGAACUCAAUCAAAGACCAGCUGAGAGAACAACUACGUUUUUUUCGAACACAUACUCGGCCAUAUAUUGGACGAAUCAACCGUCAGACCACAUUCAACUUUUUGGAUCGUCUGGAAUUCAACUUUAUGGGGCCAUUCGAGUCCGAAGAAGAGUUUGACGCAUGGUGUCUUGCAAGGGUUAAAUCCCCUAUCGCUCAUGCGCUGUGGAAACGAUUGUUACCGCGAAUGCGAGCCAAGGGCUCCAGGUUUGUAUUAACACACGGAGACCUGGCGGCAAGAAAUAUCAUGGUGCAUAACGGGCAAAUAUCAGGGAUUGUCGACUGGGAGUACAGUGGGUUCUUCCCAGAAUACAUGGAAUAUGCCUUGGCAACUGUAGUCCAUGACUGCAUUGAAGACUGGUGGCUGCCCGUCUUGAAAGAGAUCCUGGAGUCAUGUGGGUUCCAGCGAUCCAAAUUCAUCGCUGCAAUUAAAAAUCGAGGGUGGUGA